AUGGAUCACAGAGUGCUGAUUGUGUUUCUGUUGCUCUGGAGCUCAGGGCUCUGCGGAGACACACACCGUUCAGUAUUGUCCGGUGACGUCAGGUUGGUGGGAGGAGCCAGCCGCUGUGAUGGUAAACUAGAGAUGAAACUCCAGGGAGAGUGGAAAGCCGUGUAUAAGCCUCAAACAGAGGAUAGGCCUGUCCUUAGCACUUAUGACGUGCAUGGAGGCAGAGUGAAGGUCGAUUACCAGUAUGAGUGGGACCCGACAUCGGCAGCUGAAGUGUGCAAACAGCUCAACUGUGAAUUGUCUUCUUCCAAGGUGGAGAUCACCUGUUCAGGCAGACUGGAGGUGAAGAUAAACCAGUCAAACCAGUCCUGGUCUUCAGUGUGUGAGGAUGACUUUGACCAGCAGGAUGCAGAGGUGGUCUGUAGGGAGCUUGGCUGUGGGUCUCCUUCAGUCCUCCAGGGGGUGCUCUAUGGAGACGUGGAGGCUCCAAUGUGGACCAGAGAGUUCCAGUGUGGAGGCCAUGAGUCUGCUCUCCUGGAUUGUAGAAGCUCAGUUAGAAACACCUGCUCUUCUGGCAAAGCCGUUGGACUCACCUGCUCAGAACCUGGUGGUGUCCGGCUGGUUGGAGGAGCCAGACGGUGUAAUGGCACCCUUGAGAUGAAACAACAGGGCGAAUGGAAACCAGUGGAUGAGAGGGAGUGGGACCUGAGGUUAGCAGGCAUAGUGUGUGGAGAGCUGGACUGUGGCUCUGCUGUUUCAACCAGGAGAAGAUGGACGAACACAGCAGGAGAAUUUUGGACAAUCAAAUCUGACUGUGAUGCAUCUUCACUGAUGGAAUGUUUUACAGGACUUGAGUAUUCCUCUACCUUCCUAGAGAUAACCUGCUCAGACUCCCAGACUAUCAGGCUGGUGAAAGGGUCUAGUCUGUGUUCAGGCAGACUGGAGGUGAAGAUAAACCAGUCAAACCAGUCCUGGUCUUCAGUGUGCGAGGAUGACUUUGACCAGCAGGAUGCAGAGGUGGUCUGUAGGGAGCUUGGUUGUGGGGCUCCCUCAGUCCCCCAGGGGGCGCUCUAUGGAGACGUGGAGGCUCCAAUGUGGACCAGAGAGUUCCAGUGUGGAGGCAAUGAGUCUUUUCUCCUGGACUGUAGAAGCUCAGCGUCGACCAGAGAAACCUGCUCACCUGUUGGACUCACAUGCGCAGAUCCAGACAUUAUCAGGUUGGUGAAAGACCCCAGCCGCUGCGCUGGUAUACUGGAGGUGAAAAACCACGGCGAGUGGAGACCAGUGAAUGACUGGGAUUCUGAAUGGGACCAGAUGCCUGAUGCAAUGUGUAGACAGCUGGAUUGUGGUUCUGCUGUUUCAACGGUUUCAUUAGAAAGUUAUUUCCACAGACCUGUGUGGUGGAUCAACUCUUCCUGUGUUCAGUCCAAAUCAGCACUGAAGGAAUGUGUGUCAGCAAAGGAUGCAUUCGGCUCAUCCAGCAUUUCCAUCAUCUGUUCAGGUUUGCUGGCUCAGCCAGUCAUCUCCCCCUCUCCCUCCACCGACGGGGUCUCCCAGGCCAAGCAGCAGGGGCUCCAGGUGCUCCUGGGCUCCGAAGUCACCAUCAGGUGCUCUAUAGAGCCACAGUACCAAGGAGGCUCCUUCCAGCUCCUCUUCUCCUCCUCCAACACAGCACAGAACUACACUCUGCCAGCUGUCAAUCACUCUGCCCAUUUCCUGUUCCCUGCUGCUGACCCCACCCACCAAGGGGAGUACCGCUGUGUUUAUCACCUCCACUUUUACUCCCAUAACUUCUCUUCUGAGAGCCAGCCGCUCCAUCUCACUGUCUCAGCUUCUCUAACUGAGUUGAUCAUCAGAUGUGUUGUCCUCCUGCUCGGUAUGACGAUUCUCAUCGCUGCCGUCUGCUUCACCUCUAAGGCCAGCAGAAAGGUCGGGACAAGAGAAGAUCUCUGAGAUUAUGGAUGGAGCCCAGAGGAAAGACUAGCAUCUGCACGGUGCUUGUUUCACAUUCAAAUGAAAAAGUAGUGAGGCCGGUGAAGACUUCAAAUCUUAGAACUACAUGAAGAGUAACUGAUGACCCCCUGAAAAUCCUCUCUCUGCUGACCGCCGGUGGUUUGCUGCAGUGGUGUACAGGUGUAUUAUAGGACCAGAGCUCAUCAGUGUUUAGUGAAAAUACAACCAAAAAGGGUUGGAAAUGGACUGAAAUGUAAUAAUUCAAACCACGUUAGACAGAGGUUUUAGAUCAUUUUAGCCAGAUGUUGUUUGUGACGCUUAAUGCAAUUUUUACGCCUCCCAUGUGGUGAAUAUUUUAUUAUUUUCUUCUUCAAAUACAAAUUCUUAUGCAUGCUUUGGAAAGGAUUUCACUCAAAUGAAAAAAAUAUGAAAUAUAAUGAUGUUUAAAAUAUAUGAACACUUGUGGGUAGUUGGACAGUUAUG